AUGGAAGAAGGCCAACCACAGGAUCAUACUUUCCUUGUUCAUUUCAAUUACGCUGGAGAUCUGAGCCUUUGUCCUGUGCUAGUCUAUCUGUACAAGCUAUAUUUGUGGGACAUCAAGAACAAUCGCAAAGUGUGGUCCACAAGUCACAACUUAUCUUAUAUUCGAAUUACUUCAACUAACAAGAAAGAGAUACGAGAGUUAACUGUACAGCUCAAUACGAUGAAGUUGACUAGUUAA